AUGGCGGUGGUAAGUGAGUUUAGCGAGGAAGAUUGCAAAGAGCUUCUCAGCAUUCAUAUGUUGGGGCAGCGAGGUUUCGAGAAAGGUAGGACGCUGGGGUGUGGCGGCCAGGGGCAUGUAUUCGUGCUCCACAAUCUGGACGGUCACAAGUCAUAUGCAGCCAAGGCAUUUCGAUCAGGGAGCGACGCUGAGAGAGAAGUUGGGAUCAUGGCCAAGCUCCGGGGCUGCCCUGGAGUUGUCUCCUUCAAAGAUUUCAUCAAGGAGAGAGAUGGAGGACAGUGUUUUGGGAGUAUUAUUAUGGAACUAUGUGGAUCUAGUCUUGCUGAUCGCUUGCGCGUUUCCGGGCAGAUGAGCGAAGAAGAAGCAGCUCAGAUUAUCAAGCAGCUGGCAGAGACCCUCAAGGAGAUGCAUUCGAGAGGCAUAGUUCACCGGGAUCUCAAGCCGGGCAACAUCCUUUUCAAGCUAGACGCGCGCGACAAAGUGGUGAUUAGUGACUUUGGUAUUGCCACAGACGACCCUGAGGAGAUGUCGCAGUACUGUGGCACGGCAAAGUACAUGGCACCCGAGGUGGCAGAGAACAAGGAUGGGAGCUUCUACACAGCAGCUAUCGACGUGUGGGGACUUGGAGCGAUUUUAUACGAGAUGCUGGGAAAGGGAGGAUAUCAGCCGAGUGAAGCAUUUGAUCGUGUGCGACAGGGGGCAUCCCCGGUUGGUCCUUUCUCGUUUGUAGCGGAGGAUCUCCUUGAGAAGAUGCUGGCUGUGGAUCCGAAACAAAGGCUGACAGUCGAUCAGGUUCUACAACACCCAUGGAUUGUCAAGCUUUGCAGAAGCAGCAGCAGUAAGAUCUACAGGACGUGGAGGAGGCCCUGUGGUGCGAAAAGGAGUGCUCCUGGCCUCGACAAGGACUUGGUCGUGAAGAAAGUUCGAGCGGCUUAA